ACACUGCUCUCCAGAGAGAAAAAAAAUAAACAAAACAAAACUCUUAUCGUUUGGUAUUGAUUAUCGUUAUCUUAUCUCAACCGGCGGGACCAUUGGUGAAUCAGUCGCGUUGUUGCGGUGCACUCGUUUGGUAACAUGAAAUCUAUCGGGGCUCUUUUACCGCUGCUGCUGCUGCUGACUUGCAGCAACUGGCAGCAGUCGAAUGCUGCUCGGAUUUUGUGCAUUGUCGGCACGCCGGCGCACAAUAAUCCUGGCUGGGUGCUGCCCUUCUUCCAGGCACUCGCUGAGCGCGGUCACCAGCUGACAGUGAUUGGCUCACAUAUAGAUGCAGACAUACCGGGCAUAACCGGCGUUCCGGUGAGCAACGAGUACGACGUGGUUCGGAAGCACUAUGUGGACGCGACGGGUCACUACCAGAACUAUUGGGAUAUUAAGCAACUGCUCAUCUGGUAUGAGGCGCUGCUUGGCACCUGUCGCUUCACGGUUGAGACACUCUUCUUCAAGAACUUCAACAUUCCGGAGGGCAAUUUUGACUUGAUUAUCUAUGAUGCCACCUAUUCCAUUGAAUGUCUACUAUCGAGGCUGCCCCAGCUGCGAUCUGUGCCCGUCAUGGCCCUCAGCAGUGGCAAGCUGACGACAGACCUACUUCAGUUAGUUGAAGCUGAGAACACCAUCAGUGCUGCAACGAUUCCGCACUUCGCCAGUCGACUGCCACUCGAAAUGAAGUACUGGCACCGGCUACAGAACCAUGCCAUGUACCUGGCUGAGCAAUUCAUUCAAUGGUCUGUGGUCCAGCCCGUCUUAAACGGCAUGCUGGGCAACGGGUACUUCACUCCCGAGGUGCAGGUAGUGCUGCUCAACACGCAUCCGGCUCUGGACUAUGUGCAGAACAUGCCACCGAACGUUAUAGAGGUGGGCGGCUUGCACAUUCUCUCCGAGUCGGAGCCAUUGCCCUUCAGCACUCAGGACUUUAUAGAUCGCUUUUCCGAGGGAAUCAUUUACAUAAAUCUGCCCCAUAUUGAGCUGAUGUAUGGCUUGGGCAUCCAGGCGAUUGAGGCUAUGAUCAGGGAGUACGGCCAGUUCGGCUUCCUCUGGAAUGUGAACAAUGUGAAGGAGCUUCAGUUGUCCGAAAACUUUUACAAUCUGAGAGCCAUCAACGUGGUUGAAAACAUGCAGCAAAAUAUUUUGGCUCACUCCAAUGUAAAAGCCUUUCUCAGUCAUGGAGAUAGCUUCAGUGUCCAGGAAGCUGUCUACAAUGCAGUUCCAAUUAUUGUGUUGCCCCUGCUAAUGGAUCAGAUCAAUAACGCCCAGCGCUUGGAGGAACGUCAUUUGGGAGUUCGAGUUUCACCCGGAGACUUUGCAGUAAACAGCUUCUCCGCAGCUCUGAAGCAAUUGAUACGAGACGAUUCCUAUUUGGAAUCAAUGCAGCAGGCACAGCUCAAUUAUCGCACUCGCCAACUGAAGCCUUUGGAUGUGGCCGUUUGGUAUGCGGAGCAAUUGGUCAGCCAGCCGAACCUCUUUAAGCACUUGUCGGUCUCCAAGUCUUCUGGAAUGUUUUACCAUAUUAGAAAAUCAAUGGAAGUUUUGAUUAUACCUCUACUUUUUAUGCUCUUAUUCUUUGGCAAUUUCAUCUUUCUGAUCUGGCAAAGCAUAAGUAAGAAGAAGAAGGUGAGACGCAUUAAAGAAAAAAAGGUAAAAGCCAAGCCACAGGAGGACAUUAAAGAAGAUUAGUUUUGAA